AUGCUCGUGACCUCAUUGUACAAGUCACGUUUUCGCCGCUAUGCACGUCGCACUGUCAUCUCGUUCCUCGUCGCGGGGGUCGCGUACGAGACUGACCGCGAACUGAAUGCGUCCGCCAUCAUUCGCAACCUCCGAACUGUCUACGCGUGUGCCAUUAUCGCGCUCGACUACAAGAUCAACUUUACACCGGAGAAUGCUGCUGGCAUUCCUGCCCUCCAGGAACGAGUCGCGAACCGUGUAUACGACCUUCUGGUUGAGAACGGCGGUCUCUACAUCAAGAUUGGCCAGGCGUUCGCGAACAACGCUGCGCUCCUCCCGCGCCCGAUGCAGGAGAAGUUCGGCACCCUCUUCGACGACGCUCCCCAGGUGCCCUACUCCACCAUUGAACGCGUCUUCCGCGCCGAGUUCGGACGCCCACCUGCAGGGCCAGACGGCGUCUUCGAAGUUUUCGAGGAACAGGCCGCUGCAAGCGCGAGUAUCGCUCAAGUGCAUCGCGCAAAGCUGAAGACCGACGACGGCUCGGAGCAGUGGGUGGCGGUCAAGAUCCAGAAACCGGCCGUGACCAAGCAGGUGGAAUGGGACUUGAACGCGUUCCACGCGGUCAUGUGGGUGUACGAGCACUGGCUAUUCCACAUCCCCGCAUGCUUCGCGUCUGAAUUCAUCACCGACCACAUUCGCCGCGAGCUUGACUUCGUCGCCGAGGCCGAGAACUCGCGCCGCACCGCCGCCUUCGUCGCCCAGGAACCCCACCUCGCCGACCGCGUUUACAUCCCCCACGUCUUCACGGAGCUCUCGACGAAGAAAGUCAUGGUCAUUGAGUGGAUCGACGGCGUGCGGCUGAGCGACCGCCGCGGUAUCGAACGCCUCAUGGGCGAUGACGCAUCCGUUCGCCUGCGCGCCCCGCUCCCCGCCGACCGCUUCCCGAGGCUCAAGGGUGGCUCAGAGUGGGUGAUGCGUACGAUGGUCGACCUCUUCUCCGCUCAGAUAUUCGACUGGGGCUGGGUCCACUGCGACCCGCACCCGGGCAAUAUCAUCAUCCGCCCGCACCCGACGCGUGCGCACCAGGCCCAGUUCGUCCUCCUCGACCACGGGCUAUAUGUCAAGGCGACGGAAGGCUUCCAGGCACAAUACGCGCGGCUGUGGAAGGCGCUGCUUACCGCGGACUUCGACGGCAUCAAGAACAUCGCGUUAUCGUGGGGCAUUGGUGCCCCGGACCUGUUCGCGAGCGCGACCCUCAUGCGCCCGGUGCGGUUCAAGCAGACGGACACGGCCAACUUCCAGGAAGUGAACGAGUAUGACCGCGGGGUGAUGAUGAAGGCGAAGCUGCGCCAGUUCCUGACCGACACUGACAAGAUGCCGAAGGAGCUGAUUUUCAUCGGCCGCAAUAUGCGCAUAGUCCAGGGGAACAACCAGGUAUUUGGCUCGCCUGUGAACCGAAUACGGAUAACGGGCUACUGGGCGUCGCGGUCGCUCGUGACGUCGCAGGACUUGUCGAUCGUAGAGCGUAUACGCGAGACAUUCGGCCAUGUGUUAUUCUUGGGGGUCAUGCUCUCGAUCGACGUUGUAUUCUGGAGCAUGCGGCUGAAACAAUGGUUCGCGCUCCGGUUGGGCCGGAAGGGCAACGGUUUCGAGGACGAGCUCGAGCGCAGCAUGCGGACGUUUGUGAAGUCCAACCUAGGUAUUGACAUGCCUGAGGACGCUUUCGAUGGAUAG